AUGGUAGCUGCCUAUUACGUGGUUUUUACUCUCUUAGCAGUAAUAUUAUCUUAUCUAUACUUCCAUUAUCGCAAAGCUUGUUGUUUUGAGAUAAGAAAUAAGCCUAUCAAAGGAAUUUUACUGGUUAGAACUGAUUUGAAAAUGUCAAAAGGAAAGUUAGUAUCACAAGGCUUACAUGCAGCUUAUGCAGCAGGUCAAGCCGAUCGUAACAAUCUUCUCUGUCGGUUAUGGCAAACCUUUGGGUAUAAGAAGGUCUCUUUACAAGUACCAGACUUAGCUACGAUGAAGAAUCUAGUAAGUCAGUUUAAGAGGCAAAAGAUACCGACUUAUCCCAUUAUUGAUGCUGGUAGGACUCAAGUUGAGCCUAAUACAUGGACUGUGACAUUUGUUGGUCCAUACUAUGAAGAUGAAAUAGAUAAGAUAACGGGUGGGUUAAAGUUGUUAUAA